AGGCAGGUAUGUCUGGACCCGUUCACCUUUUUCAUUUUCUCUGUAUCAAAGUCGCCCAUUUCCUAUUUAGCGGCCGGAAUGUUGUUGAAAAUUCAGAUUUAGCUUCCACUAUUGAACUUUUGGGUUUUUUCUUUUGCAUCGUUUUUUGUUUUUUUAAGUUCUGGUUGGAAGUCCGCAUUUGCGAGAUCAAUUGAUGAACUGCUGGGCGAUUCUCUAGCAUCCCUUUCUUUCUCUUUCAUCUCCUUCCUUAUCUCUCUUGACCCAUCUCUCACCUGCAGAAGCUGAUCUCUGGUUCAUCUCUCCUCUGUCGUCAAAGCGAACCUUACAUCAACACGAGCUGUGACCUGAGAACUCGCAGUAUGCACUGCUCGCGUCGGAACACUCGUUCAUAGAACAAGGUAUAGAGAAAAGUGACAUAAAGCACACCAGGAGCUUGGAAAGAGUACUCUUUAUUAGAUUGAGCUCGCCUCCCUCAGACAAUUCCUCGUCCAACCUGCUAGCAUCUUCUCAUAGUUCACCACCACUUGCUUCCUGAGGUGUUGGCUUAAGAUGGGCAUUUUUGAUGGGUUGCCUGUGUCUCCAGAGAAAUCAUACCUAAGGGAAGAAAUUUCAAGAAUAGAUGAGUCUUGGGCGGCUGCACGUUUUGACUCAUUACCCCAUGUUGUCCAUAUUUUGACAUCGAAAGAUCGUGAAGGAGAAGCCCAAUUCCUGAAAGAGCAGAGCGAUGUUGUUGAGGAGGUUGUGGAUGAAGUUGUCCAUGCAUAUCAUGGUGGCUUCAACAAAGCAAUUCAGAACUAUUCCCAGAUCUUGCGGCUAUUCAGUGAGUCUGCUGAAAGUAUUGCAGUCUUAAAGGUUGAUUUGGCUGAAGCAAAGAAGCUUCUCGGUGCCCGAAAUAAGCAAUUGCAUCAGUUAUGGUAUCGGUCCGUUACACUGCGCCAUAUAAUCUCUCUACUCGAUCAAAUUGAGGGUAUAGCUAAGGUUCCUGCUCGUAUUGAGAAGCUUAUUGCUGAAAAGCAGUUUUAUGCUGCAGUGCAGUUGCAUGUUCAAUCAAUGUUGAUGCUUGAAAGAGAGGGCCUUCAAACGGUUGGUGCUCUUCAAGAUAUACGAUCUGAGCUAACAAAGUUGCGAGGGGUUCUCUUCUAUAAAAUUUUGGAGGAUCUGCAUGCUCAUCUUUACAGUAAGGGGGAAUACAGCCCAGCUACCUCGAGCACAGAUGAAAGAGAUGAUGAAGUGCCAACUACCACAGCUAUACCAUUUUCUGUAAACAGUUCACAGCCUUUGUCUCGAAGAACCAGGUCAAUGAAAGGUGACAAUCAGCUUGCUACUUAUGGGCUUGGAGAUGGAUCAUAUAGGCCAAGUUCAGUUGAUGGAGGUUCAUCGUUCGAUGGUCAUGAAGAGGAUGGUGCUGCAGAACUGCAUGAUGAAGCUACAUCAGAUGCAACGUCUAUGAGGGUUAACAGUGGUGCGGUGAAACUUGCUUCUCGUCAAAUUCCAACAUGGCUUUCAUUUUCCACUCCGGACGAAUUUCUAGAAGCAAUAAAAAAGAGUGAUGCUCCUCUUCAUGUGAAGUAUUUGCAAACCAUGGUUGAGUGUCUUUGUAUGCUUGGUAAAGUUGCGGCUGCUGGUGCUAUGAUUUGCCAAAGACUACGGCCUACAAUACAUGAGAGUAUAACAUCCAAAAUUAAAGCUCAGGCAGAAAUCAUUAACUCUUUGAGGCCUGGCCUUGGUCAGGCAUCCCGAAACACUGCUACAGCUCUUCAUUACAUAAAGGGACAGUUAGAAAGCUACCAGCUGCCAAAACAGAAGCGUCAGAAUGGGAUAUCACUGGCUGGAACAGUACUGGCAGUUAGCCCAGUAUCGCCUGUCAUGGCUCCCUUGGGAACAGCACAGGCUGCAGCAAAAGAACUUCUUGAUUCAAUUUUGGACACCAUUGUUCGGAUAUUUGAGAAUCAUGUUGUUGUUGGGGAGCUUUUGGAGUCGAAGUCCUCUCAACAAAUCAGCAUGAACACACCAAAAUCAAUGCCAGAAGAUGUAAACUGGACCCCUGAUUCUGAAGCUUCUCAAGUUACUGGAGGCUACAGUAUUGGCUUUUCCUUGACAGUUUUGCAGAGUGAGUGCCAACAACUCAUUUGUGAGAUUCUGCGAGCAACUCCUGAAGCUGCAUCAGCAGAUGCUGCUGUACAAACGGCCAGGCUUGCAAGUAAAGUUCCUUCCAAAGAAAAGAGGGAUGGGUCAGAAGAUGGUCUUACCUUUGCAUUUCGCUUCACAGAUGCUACCAUAUCAAUUCCUAACCAGGGUGUUGAUCUCAUUCGUCAAGGAUGGACUAGGAGGGGUCCAAAUGUACUUCAAGAAGGUUAUGGGUCUGCAGCUGUCUUACCUGAGCAAGGCAUUUAUCUAGCAGCUGCUGUAUACCGACCUGUUCUUCAGUUUACAGAUAAGGUUGCUUUGAUGCUGCCAAAAAAAUAUUCUCAGCUUGGCAAUGAUGGAUUGCUAGCUUUUGUGGAGAACUUUGUGAAGGAUCACUUUUUGCCAACAAUGUUUGUAGAUUACCGAAAAGGCGUGCAGCAAGCUAUAUCAAGUCCAGCUGCAUUUCGGCCUAGGGCACACGCUGCUGCUACUUAUACUCCAUUGGUUGAGAAGGGUCGUCCUGUCUUACAAGGGCUUUUGGCUAUAGAUUUCUUAGCAAAAGAGGUGCUUGGUUGGGCCCAAGCAAUGCCCAAGUUUGCUGGUGACCUAGUGAAGUAUGUGCAAACUUUCCUUGAGCGAACAUAUGAAAGAUGUCGGACAUCAUAUAUGGAGGCAGUUCUUGAGAAGCUAAGUUACAUGCUCAUUGGGAGGCAUGAUGUUGAGAAUUUGAUGCGACAAGAUCCAACCAGUGCAUGUUUACCUAACUCACUUGGUCAGUCACGCAUGGGAUACAAUGCUUCUGAUGCUGAAACUCUUGAGGUGGAAACAGAGUUCAGUGAUCUAUUAUUGAAUUUGCAGCCAUUCAAACAGGAUAAUUUAAUUCGUGAUGAUAACAAACUUAUUUUGCUGGCAUCCCUUAGUGAUUCAUUGGAGUAUGUGGCAGAUUCAAUUGAAAGGCUUGGAGAAUCAUCUCUCAGAGCAUCUAAUGAGGUAGAAGAUGUUGGCAAACAGAAAACAUACCAUCAUACCCGAACAAGUAGUGCACCUACUAGGGAUUUGGUGUCAUUUGCUAAUGAGUAUAGGAAGCUGGCUAUUGAUUGCCUUAAGGUUCUACGUGUGGAGAUGCAAUUGGAGACAGUUUUUCACAUGCAGGAAAUGACAAGUAGGGAGUACUUGGAGGACCAAGAUGCAGAAGAGCCAGAUGAUUUUAUUAUUUCACUCACUGCACAGAUAACACGUAGGGAUGAGGAGAUGGCACCUUUUAUUUCAGGAGUUAAGCGGAAUUAUAUUUUUAGCGGAAUAUGCGGUGUUGCAGCAAAUGCAUCCAUCAAGGCUUUGGCUGAUAUGAAAUCUAUCAACCUUUUUGGAGUUCAGCAGAUAUGUCGUAAUUCAAUUGCCUUGGAACAGGCACUAGCAGCCAUCCCAUCAAUUGACAGUGAAGGGGUACAGCAAAGAUUGGACCGUGUUAGGACCUACUAUGAACUUCUAAACAUGCCAUACGAGGCUUUGCUCGCCUUCAUUACAGAGCAUGAGCACUUGUUUACUGCUACAGAGUACUCUAAUCUUCUGAAGGUUGAGGUCCCGGGAAGAGAGAUUCCUGCUGAUGCACUUGAUCGGGUGUCUGAGGUUUUGUCUCAUUAGCUUUCUUAGGCGAGGAAGUGGAUUGAUUUUUUUGUGUGGGCGAACUAUAGGGAACGUUCAUUCUAGGUUUUGCGCUUGCGAAUGUGCAUAGAACGGUUGAAUAAUUAUUCCUAGUUGGUAGAUGGAGCGCACUGAAACUGAAAGCGGAAAUCAUUUCAAGUUGCCACCCCACACAUUCCACUUAGUGGUAAAAUUUUGUCUGGAAAUACGGUUGUUUUUGCUCUGUAAUUUUUUCAUGUGUAUUUAUUAAUUUUUGUGUGCUGGCUUUUCUCUUAUGAGCUCCAUGAGGCUUUCCCAUGUUGGGAGGAACAGAUGUAGAAGUGUGUUUGUAAAUUUCAUGUGCUGUUUUGACCGCAUUUGAACAUGUUAAUAUGAUCUGAAAGAGGGCACAUCUUGACAGGAUCCAGUUAUAAUUCAUCUACUUGUUAAGAAUAAAGUUAAAAGUAUUGAAGGUGAUGCUGUAA